AUGUAUUCCUCCUUGUUGCCAGUCGUACUGACCACCGCUAGCCUCGUUGUCGGCUCCGCUCUUCCGCCUCUUGGGUACGAGCGGAGCCUUCUGGGAGAAGCGUUCGCGAAGCGUCAAUCCGAAGGAGGCUGCUUGGGAGGUGAUGCCCCUUCGAUCACUGCACCAAAGGACAAUGUCUGGGCUCCAAUCACUCCGGAGGACAACUUGGCAGUCUGGAACUUGCUCCAUGCAGAGGAGUCUGGAUUGAACUUGACAAGCCCAUCUACAGCUAACCUGACGGACAACUAUGUCUUCUGGAUCGACACUGUGCAUACCAACAAAUCAGAUGUCUUGCCUUACUUGGAUGGGGAUGGCCCCAUGCCCCCCAAAUAUGCUCGGGCUGUGAUCUUUGAGGGCGGCAAGGCAGAGCCUGGCAGUCAGGAAUACAUGGUUGGACCUCUGCCUGUCUCCAAUGAGACCACGAUCCAGCCCCUGAACUACAUUUACAAUGGCGGCAGCGGUGGCUUUGUUCCAUUCAACGCUCGCUACUCGGACACCCCCAAAAGUCGAGCCAUAGAGCCAUUGACCAAGGCGAUCAUGACCAACAUUUCCGAUAUCACCCAAGCAUUGUUUCAGGGAGCGGCAUAUUUUGGCUCAAGUGAUCCAAGGACGAACUUGACGCAGUCUGCUCCGACGCCAUUGAGCUUCGAUGGCACGCAGGGCUAUCGAGCUAUCCUGUGGAGAAUUCCAGGCACCGCUUCUUACCUGACUCCUCUGGAUUUCUACACCAUACUCGAUGUACCUGGCACUGAUCCAGCACACUACAAGCUCAGAGGUUUCGUGACCAACUCUCGAUUCUUCGCUACGGAGGCCGAGCUACGAACUGCUUUCGAGGCCGGUGAACUCGCUCAAGAGUACGACCAAUACGCAGCUGCGGAUACUGACUGGGCCAUCGUCGACUACAAGCCGGAGGUCGGCCAACGAGCCUUAGAAGAGCAAUUUGCGCCCCAAAGCAUUGAGCUCGGCGGAAAGCGCUACAAGGUUGAUACUGAGAACCAGUACGUCGAGUAUAUGGGCUGGUCUUACUAUAUCAGCUAUACUCGUACCUUCGGCAUCAUGUUCUACGACAUCAAAUUCAAGGGUGAACGCAUCCUCUACGAGUUGUCUCUGCAGGAAGCUCUCGCACAGUAUGCUGGCAACCAGCCCAAAGCUGCUGGCACGACAUACCACGAUACAUACUACUCUCUUGGUACAGACAUGUUCACGCUCGUUGAAGGGUUCGACUGCUCUUUCGGGGCGACAUUUCUCAACGUCAGCUACAACACAGGCAAUGCAACAACAGUCAACCCCAACGCCAUCUGCAUCUUCGAGCAGGAUUCUGGCUACCCGCUCUCUCGACACAUAUACAGCGGUGGGAAUACAAGCUACUCUUUCACCAGACUGGGCGUCACAAAGGGAGCUGCGUUGAUCACCAGAGCCAUUGCGACCAUCGGCAACUAUGACUACAUGUUCGACUACAAGUUCCAUCAGGACGGCUCUCUCGAAGUCGUUGUUCGUGCUAGCGGCUACCUUCAGUCCAGCUUCUACUACCCCGAUCAAGGAAAGUAUGGACCCAGAAUCCAAGCGGCGACGCAGGGAUCGCUUCACGACCACAUCCUCAACUUCAAGGCAGACUUCGACAUCUUGGGAACUGCAAACUCCUUCCAAGUCAGCGAUCUCGUUGUUGUCAACCAGACCCAGCCAUGGUUCCCUGAGCUUGGCGAGUUCGAGCAGAUGGAGCUCGACAUCAAGAAUCUCGAAACAGAGACUGCCUUCGACUAUGCCGGCAACGGCCAAGCCCUAUAUGUCGUUCUGAACGAAGACGAGGAGAACGCCUGGGGCGAGAAACGUGGCUACCGCAUUCUGCCUGGCCGCUCGAACGUCCACUUGACGCCACUCAGCUCGCCCUUUUCGCUGAAGAACGCCGAGUUCGCGAAACACCAUCUCGCUGUGACGCGCCAGCAUGAUAACGAGCCAUACAGCAAUAGCUUCCAGAACGUCAACCUCCCGUGGAAGCCACAGCAGGACUAUUCCAAAUUCUUCGACGACGAGUCAAUUGUGCAGGAAGAUCUAGUUGUGUGGUUCAAUUUAGGGAUGCAUCAUUUUGUGAGGUCUGAAGGUGCGUUGAAUGGCUAUCCUGUCCCUUUUCCAAUGCCCGUCAAAACGCCAUGCGCUAACAAGUGGGCAGAUAUCCCUGUGACCCUGUACACUGAAGCCUACUCGUCCAUCAUCUUUGCACCCCAGAACUUCUUCGACCGCGCGCAGGACGGUGACUUGCUUAAUCGUCGCUGGAUCACGGUCAACCAAACGACCGAGGAAUUGACGUAUGAGACUUACAAUGUUAGUCUGCCUUCGUGUCCGGUGAAUUUGGCGGAGCCGGUGGACCUGGUGGUGCCUCAGGCGACGAUUCACGCGGAGUUGUGA